AUGGAGGAUGUAGAUGCCGAGUUUGCCCCCUUGCGUAAGUCACUGCAAGCGGUGGACGCAAAAAACAUCAUACAGGAUAUAUCUGUAAAUCAUGAGCAACAGGCGUUUUUGAGAAAAAUUCGUCUUGUCACCGGCCAAAAACACGCCCCGAAGCCACACGUAGCAAUUGGGAGUGCAAUUGCAGGUGUAGAUGGAGAUGUAGAUACAAUCACAGCAGCGAUUUCACCAAAUACCGGUAAUGACUCGAAAAAUCAUGCUGGCAAGCGCUCACAUCCAAGCGAUGAUCAUGACACAGCUGGUUUGAAACGAAAGCAGGCCACUGAUCCCAGUUCUUCUUUCCUGGAAUUUCAGUCUUAUUUUUUGAGGCAACUGAAUGGCUCUCUGCCACCACAUGCAACGAAACUGCCGAAAUUCGUUAACGAAUGUUCCAAAGAAGUGGAACGAAUUCUCAAACAGUCCAUUAUACAGAAAGAAAGUCAUUCGGCGAUCAUGGUGGGACCCAGAUCUCACUACAAAACGGCAGUAAUCGAGCACCAUCUUUCCCUUUUAGCCCAGAAAUAUGACCAACAGUUUGUAACCAUUCGUCUUAACGGACUGAUACACUCAGAACAGGCUGCGAUCAAUAGCAUCGCUUUUCAGCUGGAGUCCCGUCUACAGGGUGUACAUGGGAACCAGGACUUAGCAUUCUCGAUCAGUUCAGGAUCGCUCACUGAGGUGUUCGAGAAAGUACUACGAUUGAUUGACACCACCACCAUCCAGCAUACAAAGUCAUCCUCGUCUUCGCGGGCCGAAAAAAUAUCAGUGAUCUUCAUCUUCGAUGAAAUCGAUACUUUUGCGGGGCCCUUAAGACAAACACUCCUUUACAAUCUUUUCGACAUGGUAGAGCACGCUCGAGUACCUGUCUGCAUUUUGGGCUGCACAACCAAAAUGAAUGUCGUGGAGCAUUUGGAAAAAAGGGUAAACAGUAGAUUUUCCCAACGGAUUAUUUACGUCCCUUCCAUCAAGACUUUCGAAGAAUUUUUGGAAGCUAUUCAGGAAGCAUUUUGCGUAGACAUUCCCAACGAAUGCGCCACGAAAUGGAACGAAACGCUCAAACAUCUCGUCCAACAAGAGACAUCAAACUUCCGUCGCGUGGUAAGGAACAACUAUGAGACUUUUCGGUCUACCGUGCUUUUGAAAAACAGCCUACAGAUUUUAGUCGCCAAAGCAAAAUCAAUUCAAGCACUUAUCGACGGACUAGAAACAUGUCAUUGGAUACAUGGCUAUAAUCGCAACCAAUUAGGAAAUUCAAUGAGCUCCAAGGUGAAAUCUCUCUCAGAUCUUGAACUGGCUGUACUGGUUGCAGCCGCCAGGGUUUCGCUCAAAACCGAUGAUAACGUCAAUUUCAAUUUAGCCUAUGCUGAGUACUCUGACAUGGUGAAAGAAACUAACAAAAAAAUGCCAAUAAUUCCGCCUGCGACAGGUACGUCUUUGAUGUUGGAAAGCACGCUAAGAGUGUGGAAGAAACAAGAUGUGAAAAAUAUUUGGGAGAACAUAAUCGACCUAGAUUUUCUGGCUGAAAGGGGCUCCGUCGGACUGCGAGUUUCUGCAUCGGCUGCUUUUCAAGCUAGCAACUAUCACACGACAGCGACAAUCAUACCCUUUGAUUUGAGAACAUAUCAGAUGCAAAUAACCCUACAUGAGCUUCGCCGUACAGUACCCAAGUCUUCAGUCUAUUACAACUGGACUCAGUUAUGA